CUGAGGUCUCUCUCUUCUCCUUUCUGUCGCCAGUUACCCAUUUCCAUCCAAUUUUCUCACUCUACUGUUCUCGUUUCUCUCUCUAAAAAUCUUAUAAGUCUCCCCAUUUUCACUCUCCCACAAACAACACUGCCGACGACUGCUUCACCGAUCCUUUGCUCUCUCUCGCUCUCUCUCGCUCUUCUUUGGCUUUUGUCCCAACAAUGAUGUCGGGGAAUGCUCUUAGAGACCUAAAUACACUACCUGGUUCUGAGAGGAAGAAUGAAACCUCUGGUAAAGGAAAUUUUGCCAAACCUUACUGUGAGAACAGUGAUAAAAAUGUCGAAAAAUGGGAGAGAAAUAACUCUGCCUUAUUGGUUUCAACAACUGUUAAUGGAGAUGGAACUGCAAAUUCUGGAGCGGAGAUUGGUAAUGCAGAGAUGGAAUAUAUCGAGUCUGAGAAUUUGAGUGAUGUAGAAGAUGUUGAUACCAGUGUAAAGACACUCUUGGCUGGACUAGACUCUAAAGAUUGGGUUGUGGUUUGUGAAUCACUGAACAAUGUACGUCGGUUAUCCAUAUUUCACAAGGAAGCAUUGCUGGAUAUGCUGGGGGAUGUGAUACCACUCAUUGUCAAGUCAUUGAAGAAUCCAAGAAGUGCAGUUUGUAAAACUGCAAUUAUGACUUCUGCUGACUUUUUCAGUGCUUAUAAUGAUCAGUUAAUUGAUUCAUUGGAUCCUCUGCUUGUGCAACUUCUCCUUAAAUCUUCACAAGAUAAACGAUUUGUAUGUGAGGCAGCUGAGAGAGCUCUGGUGGCAAUGACUACUUGGGUUUCCCCUAUACUGUUGUUACCAAAAUUACAGCCAUAUUUUAAAAAUAGGAAUCCUCGAAUUCGAGCUAAGGCGUCAAUGUGUUUUUCUCGAAGUGUACCACGACUGGGUGUUGAAGGGAUUAAAUCAUAUGGGAUUGACAAAUUGAUCCUAGUAGCUUCGUCACAGCUCAGUGACCAACUUCCUGAAUCCAGGGAGGCUGCUAGAGCUCUCCUUUUGGAGCUGCAAACUGUGUAUGAGAAGUCACAUGACCUCACACCAAAAGUAUCUGAGCAUUCAGAGCUGAGUUCUUGGGAGCAUUUCUGUCAGUCAAAGCUCUCCCCUUUAAGUGCACAAGCCGUGCUUCGUGUAACCAAUAUCGCUCGGGAGGGUCUUGUUCUGGGUUCCUGACGGAAGUUAUAUAGAGCAUAUUUGAGUUUUAGUGAGUACGGUCUUUCUUUUACUCGCAUAUAUGAUCUCCAGUGAGCCAGAGUUUAUAAUUUGCUUUUGAUUUUGGUUCAUCAAUAUUGUCCUGUAAAUACCAUGAAACAUUGAGAUGUCUGAAUUGCGGUCGAACAGGUAGUUGAAUUGGAUUAUUCUUUGCAGAUGGGUUACUGUUGACCAUUAAUUUCUUUAAUACAGCUACGAAUUUGUGCA